AUGCCUAACCAGGCAGCCCGCGAAACAAAAUCGGAGAAGCCGGCCGGACCGGCUGUCCCAGAAUCGGACGACACAGUGGCAAAGUUACCAACAUGGCAAAAAUGGACGACACGGUUUGUCGUUUGCUGGAUGACUUUGCAUGCUACCUUCGCCAACAGCUCCAUCAUGACAGCAGUUGCAGAGGUUGCCACCGAUUUCGAUGUCCCGACCCACGUCAUUACCACAGCCAACGCUGGCGUUUUCAUUACGAUGGCUGUGUCUGCCCUCAUCUGGUUGCCAAUCAGCACAAUCAUUGGUCGCAGACCUACCUAUCUCUUAGCUACAAUCAUGCUCACGCUGUCUUCAGUGGACUCAGUUACAUCUCAGAGCUUCGCUUUCUUCGUCACUGCCUGGAUCCUCGGAGGAGCAACCGGACUUUACUUCCUUAUUGCUGGACAAACCAUGUUGGCAGACACUUUUGAACCAACCAGUCGUGGCUUGGCAGUCGGCCUGUUUCUUGGAAGCUCUGUUGCUGCAAACUCAUUGGCGCCCAUGAUCGGAGGUGUCAUAGUCUCAUACACAACAUGGAGAAUUAUCUAUGUCGUCCAAGCAGGAAUGGCGUUCUCUGGCCUCGCGUUGGGAUACCUAUUCAUUUCGAAUACAGUCGGUUGGGACAACCAGCAAGCUAAGGGUGGAUCCAGCGACAAUUAUGUCAUGGGUGCAUUGCGCAUGCUCAGUCCAUUGGAUGUGUUUCGUUUGUUCAGGAACCCAAACAUCAUCAUGGCGGACUUCGCUUGCGGGUUACUAGGCUUCAAUCAGUACGCCCUCAUAGCAUCUGUUCGACGAGUUAUCAACCCACGAUUCAACCUCACUACUCCCCUUAUCAGCGGUCUAUUCUAUCUCGCCCCAGGAGCUGGCUUCUUGCUUGGCAGCAUGAUCGGCGGUGCGCUGUCCGACCUUCAAGGAUUCGGACUCAUGUGGUCAUUUAGCGGAUUGAAUACGUACGCUGCUGAGGUUGUACCCGAAACGAGAACAGCUGUCAUUAGCGGAAAGUACAUCAUCCAAUAUUGCUUUGGGGCCGGUGCUGUUGGUUGUGUCGUUCCCAUGAUAGACUCUAUCGGAGUCGGCUGGGUCUUUACCAUCACUGGACUUGGUGCUACCUUUGGUGGCGUGCUUGUCUUGGCGAUGAUCAAGAAAACACUUCAUGUUCAAAGUCAGAAGACCAUUGAUGACAAGCUUGAAAAUGAUGCCGACAGUUGUGUGUAA